ACUCGAGCCUGUGACACGAAGCUAUUGCCCAGAUGGAGAGCAGUGCUGCCCUUGGACCCUCUGCCUGGCCUGUGCCCCUGUACCCCAGCCUGGCCAUGGGCACAGCAACUCACAAAAGCUUCUCAAAACUGUGUCUCAAAGAUGAGAGCUCAGGAAGAUCCUGAGGGCCGGACACAGCAUGAGUCCUUGGGCUCAGCAGAAACUUCCACCAGGGACCUGCAGACAUCCUUGCCCUCGGAGCCCAAAUUUGACAUGUUGUAUAAAAUCGAGGACGUGCCACCAUGGUACCUGUGCAUCUUGCUGGGUUUCCAGCAUUACCUGACCUGCUUCAGUGGUACCAUCGCCGUGCCCUUCCUGCUGGCUGAGGUGCUGUGUGUGGGCCGGGACCAGCACAUGGUUAGUCAGCUCAUCGGCACCAUCUUCACCUGUGUGGGUAUCACCACUCUCAUCCAGACCACAGUGGGCAUCCGGCUUCCGCUGUUCCAGGCUAGUGCCUUUGCAUUUCUGGUUCCUGCCAAAGCUAUCCUGUCCCUGGAGAGGUGGAAAUGUCCCCCAGAAGAGGAGAUCUAUGGUAACUGGAGUCUGCCCCUGAACACUUCUCAUAUCUGGCAUCCUCGGAUUCGAGAGGUCCAGGGUGCAAUCAUAGUGUCCAGCAUGGUGGAGGUGGUGAUUGGACUGAUGGGGCUGCCUGGGGCCCUGCUCAGCUACAUUGGACCUCUCACGGUCACCCCCACUGUCUCCCUCAUUGGCCUCUCUGUUUUCCAAGCUGCUGGUGACCGAGCUGGCUCCCACUGGGGCAUCUCAGCUUGCUCCAUUCUCCUGAUCGUCUUCUUCUCCCAGUACCUGCGCAACCUCACCUUCCUGCUGCCUGUUUACCGCUGGGGCAAGGGCUUCACUCUCUUCCGAAUCCAGAUCUUCAAGAUGUUUCCGAUCGUGCUGGCCAUCAUGACGGUGUGGCUGCUGUGCUAUGUGCUGACCCUGACAGACGUGCUGCCUGCAGAUCCCACAGCCUAUGGCUUUCAGGCUCGAACUGAUGCCCGCGGGGACAUCAUGGCUAUUUCUCCCUGGAUCCGCAUCCCCUACCCUUGUCAGUGGGGCCUGCCCACCGUGACUGUGGCUGCAGUCCUCGGGAUGUUCAGUGCCACCCUGGCAGGCAUCAUUGAGUCCAUUGGCGAUUACUAUGCUUGUGCCCGCCUGGCUGGCGCACCACCCCCUCCAGUACAUGCUAUCAAUAGGGGCAUUUUCACUGAAGGCAUCUGCUGCAUUAUUGCUGGGCUUUUGGGUACAGGCAACGGAUCCACCUCAUCCAGUCCCAACAUUGGCGUCCUAGGGAUUACCAAGGUGGGCAGCAGACGAGUUGUGCAAUAUGGUUCGGGUAUCAUGCUGGUCCUGGGCACCAUUGGCAAGUUCACAGCACUCUUUGCCUCACUCCCAGAUCCCAUCCUGGGGGGAAUGUUCUGCACGCUCUUCGGCGUGAUUACAGCUGUGGGACUGUCCAACCUGCAGUUCGUGGACAUGAACUCCUCCCGUAACCUCUUUGUGUUGGGGUUUUCCAUGUUCUUCGGCCUCACACUGCCCAAUUACUUGGAUUCCAACCCAGGUGCUAUCAACACAGGCAUUCCUGAAGUGGACCAGAUUCUGACUGUGUUGCUGACCACAGAGAUGUUUGUGGGAGGUUGCCUUGCUUUCAUACUGGACAACACAGUGCCAGGGAGCCCAGAGGAACGAGGCCUGAUACAGUGGAAAGCUGGAGCCCAUGCCAACAGUGAGACAUCUGCCAGUCUGAAGAGCUAUGAUUUCCCCUUUGGGAUGAGCACUGUAAAAAAGAUUGCUUUUCUGAGAUACAUUCCUAUCUGCCCAGUCUUCAGAGGAUUUUCCACAAAACCAAAAAAUCAGCCUCCAGUUCCAGAAGAUACCCCAGAAAAGCCAGAUACUGGAUCUGUGUGCACCAAGGUCUGAAACAUUACUUCUCAGAAAGGAGGCACUGGAUAUAACAGGAAAAGAAAACCUACACGGGGAGCUAGAAGACCUGAGUUGAAAAUCUUGGCUCUGCCUAUUCCAAAUUCUUAUAUAAGCUUGGAUGAAUCACCUUCUCUGAGACUCCAUUUUCACAUCAACUCAAAAAAAGGCAAGAUUGGACCAAAGUUCCUAAGCACUGUAGAGACUUAUACCAACAUUAUUCUGUACUUCUAUACUUUCCUAAAUAUAUAUGUCAACAUAUAGGAAAAAUAGCUGAAGAUUCUCCCCAACCAUAUUUUGAGUUUGAAAGUUGGUAAAAGGGAACCAGUGACUCCAGGGCCUAAAUGUUGGCAUGCUGGUAGGCUUUUACACUUAAUUCAAUUGCAAGGGGUCACUUAAUUUAAGACCAAAACAUAAUUAAAAGAACACUGAAUUAAUAACUUGGAUAUAUUCUCCCUUCCUGCAAGGGAAAUAAAUCUACACUUUAAGUGUUUGGUUUUGGGAUGGAGAUUGGCUCAGUUGUGUCUGUUUAGCAUUUGAAUGUAUAAUAUUUUGGCAGCUAGAGAAUAUAAGAAUGGAUUAAAGUAAUCUCAAAUAGUCUGAGUCAAAACAAA